UCUCUCCGUUGAGGUCGCGCGAUGGGCCGUCCGGCUGCGGUUAGAGAGACUUCAAAGCGGGUCCAAAUUCAUUACGACUUUUUAACUUUUCGUUUUUGUUUUUAAUCUACAACCGCUCAGAUAUGGAGAAAGUUGUCAUUGUAACUGGCGCGAACAGUGGCAUCGGCCUGGCCUUGUGUGAGAGACUGCUGACUGAGGACAGUCAGCUACGACUGUGUCUGGCCUGCAGAAACAUGCAGCGGGCUGAAGCUGCCCGCUCUGCCCUCCUGACCUCUCACACCACCGCCCAGGUCGAGCUAUUGCACCUCGAUGUUGGCUCUGUGCAGUCAGUGCUCAGCGCUGCUGAGGAAGUCAAGACCAGGUACAGCAGAAUUGACUUUUUGUAUCUAAAUGCAGGAAUUAUGCCUAAUCCAGCAGUGGACAUUGGAGCAUUUUUUAAAGGUCUCUUUUCCAGAAAUGCCGUCAACAUGUUUGCAACAGCAGAGGGGCUCCUAACUCAGCAGGACCGUCUCACCUCAGAUGGCCUGCAGGAAGUUUUUACCACUAACCUUUUUGGCCAUUUUCUUCUGAUCAGAGAGUUGGAGCCUCUGCUGUGUCAACCUGGUCACACAUCCAGGAUAGUGUGGACAUCCUCGAGUAACGCCAGUCGCUCUGCCUUCAGCAUUCAGGACAUUCAGCACAGGAAUGGGAAGGAGUCGUACAGCUCAUCCAAAUACGCUUCAGACAUGCUCAGUGUGGCGCUCAACAGACACAAGAACAGCCAGGGGCUGUUCUCCUCUGUAACAUGUCCAGGACUGGUGAUGACUAAUUUGACCUAUGGCAUCCUCCCCUCCUUCUUCUGGACGCUGAUCAUGCCCGUCAUGUGGAUGAUAAGGAUGUUCACCAACACUUUCACUCUGACACCUAACAACGGAGCGGAGGCUCUACAUUGGCUUUUUCUUCAGAAGCCUGAAUCUCUGGAUCCAAGAGCAAAGUAUCACAGUUUAACGUCAGGCCUUGGAACAAACUUCACCCAACCUCGACAAAUGGACAUUGACGAUGAAAUGUCCGAAGAGUUGUUUUUAAAACUUCUCGAACUGGAGAAAGCUGUUAGAAGGAAAGUAAAUGAGAGAAACGCUGAAAGCAAAGCUUAUCAGCGGUACCUCAGUGAGAUAGAGUAGCGGUGCGUCUUUGCUCUCUUGAAAUGGACUGUGUGCAGUUUGAACUAAUAUUGCUGUUUUAUGCUACGCAUUAUUACCUGAUAAACCACCAAAUAAAGUGCUUCCUGUAACGGUAUUUCCUCUAACUCAACCAAGGUGUCAACCAGGCCUGUUGCAGUUAAAUCAUGUUGCACAGAUCAAAUCUUCUUGCUUCAGUUUGUUGAAAAUGACAAAUCUCAUAUUUCAACAUUGUUUUGCACCACCUAUAAGAGUGAAUUAAAACAGGCAGAAAGAUGUACAAUCUUUUAUCUUCAAUAAAUAAUAUUUAUGAUAUAAUAGUGGGACAAAAACUUGUUGACGUUAUUAGUAUGACAGUUAAUUACAUCAUUGUUUAUGCCUUAAUUAAGAGACUGAGGUGAUUGUUUGGUAAAUAUAUUGUAUUGAAUAAAAGUAGUUGAUUAAAAAAAAAAAGUUGGAUAGUUU